CCCCCGACAGAAGAGAGCCACAUGUUAGGGACAAGCUUCAGUGCUCAGUGUUUGGGGCCUUGGCACCCCCUCGUGGUAUCUUGGGUUGCAAACAGUUGGAUAUUAAAAGGCAGCCAGGUUUCCAGUAGUUGAACCAGGAGGCUCAGGGCCCCUAGAUGGGGCCUUGGGAGCCCAGGGUUUAGAUCUGAUGGGAGGUCCAGAGCCUGGGAACUCAACACUAUGGGCUCAGUUAACCACUUCCAGUCAGCAGCACUCCCCAUCCUACCUGAACCCACACACAGAUCCCAGACCCCUAAGGUGAGGCAGGCAUGCCCCAGAAAUACCCCUAGGCAUGUCCCAGAGCACCCACAGGGGACAGAACAAGAGCAGAGCAGAUGAGCUCCACCCCUCCUUGCCCCAGAGUGCCAGACCUGCUCUGGGACUGUUUCCCCAUCUGACAACAGGCCUGCAAAACAUUCUCUGGAGGAGCCUAGCCACCUCUGCAGGUCCGAGGCUUUGUUGCUCUCCAGUACAUACAAACAGGUAGACACGUGAAAGUAUGCACACAUAUAGGUACACACAUAAAUGCACAUGUACACAGGCACAUGCUCAGACACAAAUACAGGAAACUACACAUUAAUGCAUUGCACAUUUCCGUGCAUUUAUACAUUUACACACACACAUGUUAAUCCACACAAGCAUGCACGUGCACAUAAAGAUAAAUGUACAAAAGCACAUACAUACCUGUACACAUGUAUAAGAUGUGUACAUAAGGGCACACACAUGCACUCACAAAAAGGCACACAUGUACAUGUGUACACACAAGUGUACACGGACAAAUGUGUUGUCAUCAUGUCAUUGGCUUGCUUGGUGCCAGUAAAGGAUAGACACCCCCCCACCCCAGGCACAAUAGCAGACAUGCACGCACACCCAAGUCCCCUGGCAUCAUGGAGGCAUGUAGAAGCCCUGCUCAGGUCAGAUCCAGCCCUCACUAUGGCGCAAAUGCAAUGUCUACCUUUGCGUCUUGAUUUCCUGUCCCGUAUAGAACUCUGGUCCAGAGUCACUCGGCCCUUCUCAGCCACCUCCUGCUGUAUAGCCCUCUGAGCCUCUGCUUCCUCAGUACAAUGGGGCUGAUGACGUGGGUACCCUCCCCCAGGACCGGUGUGAGCUCACAAGAUACUGAGCAGUGCUGAACCCAGUGCUGGGCAUAGACCAGGUGCUGGGUGCAUGCUUCUCCCUCUACUCCCUGCUGGCAACCCCAACCCUCCGUGGUCCCCACCCCCGGGGCUUGAAGCCCUUUCCUCCCCUUUCUAAGCUGGACCUUACCAAACAUGUCUCCUUGCUCCAGGGCAGGGGCAGGACUGUCUCCAGGAGGGUUGGGGGGGGGUGGUAGAAGGGGUGCAGAGUCAGCAGUUGAGGGAUUGGGGCCAUACUGGCCUGAUUAGAAGAGCUGGAGGCUGAGCUGGAUUCACCUGUCCUUGUCUCUGGUUGGCUCUUGGGUACCCCCAGUACCCAAAUUCCACUAAGCAGCCCUACCAGGGCCUGCACAGGUCUGUGGAGAGCAGUUGAUUUCCAGUCCGGGGGCCAGGAGGUUGUCCAGGGAGGCCAGAGACUGCCCUGAGCCUGACUCUGGGGAUCCCUCCAUCCAGAAAAGCCAACUGACCAACCUGUUCCUUCACCCGCUGCGCGGGCAUGGGGGCUGGGGCCAGCGCAGAAGAGAAGCACUCAAGGGAGCUAGAAAAGAAACUGAAAGAAGAUGCUGAGAAGGAUGCUCGAACCGUGAAGCUGCUGCUUCUGGGUGCCGGUGAAUCCGGGAAGAGCACCAUUGUCAAGCAGAUGAAGAUCAUCCACCAGGAUGGGUACUCGCUGGAAGAGUGCCUCGAGUUCAUUGCCAUCAUCUAUGGCAACACGCUGCAGUCCAUCCUGGCCAUAGUGCGCGCUAUGACUACACUCAACAUCCAAUACGGUGAUUCUGCGCGCCAGGACGACGCCCGGAAGCUGAUGCACAUGGCGGACACCAUCGAGGAGGGCACGAUGCCUAAGGAGAUGUCGGACAUCAUCCAGCGGCUGUGGAAGGACUCUGGUAUCCAGGCCUGUUUCGAUCGCGCCUCGGAGUACCAGCUCAACGAUUCGGCCGGCUACUACCUCUCCGACCUGGAGCGCCUGGUAACCCCGGGCUACGUGCCCACUGAGCAGGACGUGCUGCGCUCGCGUGUCAAGACUACCGGCAUUAUCGAGACGCAGUUCUCCUUCAAGGACCUCAACUUCCGGAUGUUCGAUGUGGGUGGGCAGCGCUCAGAGCGCAAGAAGUGGAUCCACUGCUUCGAGGGUGUGACCUGCAUCAUCUUCAUCGCGGCGCUGAGCGCCUAUGACAUGGUGCUGGUGGAGGACGACGAAGUGAACCGCAUGCACGAGAGCCUGCACCUGUUCAACAGCAUCUGCAACCACCGCUACUUCGCCACCACGUCCAUCGUGCUCUUCCUCAACAAGAAGGACGUUUUUUCCGAGAAGAUUAAAAAGGCGCAUCUCAGCAUCUGCUUCCCGGACUACGAUGGACCCAACACAUACGAGGACGCGGGCAACUACAUCAAGGUGCAGUUCCUCGAGCUCAACAUGCGACGCGACGUGAAGGAGAUUUAUUCCCACAUGACGUGCGCCACCGACACGCAGAACGUCAAGUUUGUCUUCGACGCUGUCACGGACAUCAUCAUCAAGGAGAACCUCAAAGACUGCGGCCUCUUCUGAGGUGGGCUUCUCCCAGCCCGGAUGCUCCCCUGCUUUGCCCCUUGGUCUCAGUACCCCAGCUCCAUCCCAAGCUCCCCACCCCACCUCACUAUAGCAGACCCACCCCAGGUCCCACCCCAGCUUUCCAGACCCACUCCACCGCCUGACCCCCAACUCCCAAACCCCUCUGCUUCCAAGCCCCAUCCUGGCUUCUCAGGCUCCACCCACUGCCACAGGCCCCGCCUCUGGCUCACAACUCCCACCCACUUAAUCUCUGACAGGCCCAACUCCCCAGGUGUCGCUGCUUCCAGAUUCUCCUCCACAAUAUCUCUCAGCCUAAACUCAAUUAUUUUGGGGCUAGGGAUGUUGACAGAUUCCUUCUUGUUUUCCUGGGUUCCUGAACCCAUGUACAUCCUAAGACCCUGUAGCCCUAGCUGCCUUGUAGCUCCAGCCAAUAGGACCCUAUCAUCUCCCCAGGACUUCUGGGCCCCAGCCUGUGGCCCCACCAGCCACAGAUCCAAAACCCUGAGCCCCACUAGCCUUGAGGCCCUGACCCUCCCCUGUGAUUCCUAGGCCUCCCAGAGCCGGGUGCCCCCAACCCCAGCUCUGCCCUUCACGGCCUGGUUGCCCUGGCCUCCAAGACCCAACACAGCCAGCGCCAGCUAGGAGCAGGCAGGACUUGGGGCAGCUCGAGCACAGAGCACACAGUGACUCAGCAGUGCCCGACUGACCAAUCUCCUGCAGCUCUCCCGCCCCAGGGGGCCCCUGACUCACCUUGGUG